CAGACUCAGAUUUCUCUCCUCUUUCUUUCUCGUGAAAGCUAGUCAGUCCAAGGACAAAACACCCGAGAUGGAUAGUUUCCCCGAAAACCUCCCCUCCUUCUUUCUCUGAUUCCACUCCGCCACUUUAAUCUUGCGCCACUUUAAUCUCGCCAUUUAAAACACAAAUUCAUCCUUUCCGCUCGUAUAAAGUGGGGAUUUGAAUGCCAUGAUUGUAAAAGCAAACCUGUAAAGCUACUGGCUCGUUGAACUGAAAUUGGAAUAGAGCGAAUGAAGCGGCUACCUCUCUCCUUCCCUUACUGUGGAGUAAAGAAGCAAAGACAUGUAGAAAGGGAGUAAGGAAGCAGAGACACACGUACACUGAGCAGAAUGACUGGGGCUAGACAGGUGUCGGGGUAAUUUCAUAAAAUAGCAUGCAGGAGAGGGGUAGAAUGGUCAAGGAACUAUUCAUUUCGUUUGUCCUCACUCUGUUUGCAUUUUAGUAUAGCUAGAAUAAUAAUUCGACAUCCGCAAAAGCACACCAAUUUUUUUAUUUUUUUUUGGUCAAAGAUAAAAGCACACCAAUUGAGUAUUCGUUCCCUUUGCUUGACUUUGACUAGUUUGCUGGUUAUUUAUCUCUGGUCAGUAGACGAAGAAGACUUAAUUUGCGGCUGGUUCUCCCUCGUUCAGUUCCAAGAACUAAUAUUCUGUACGAAGCAACUUAUACCAAACCCGAUAUUAGGCUGAUGGCAUAGAGAGGUUCGGAAGGAAGAGCCAGCACUUGAUCCACCUGGUUCCUAAAAGCUUCAAGAUACCAGGAAGGAGAAGAAAAAUAGAAGGAUAUGGAAGGUCUUGGUAGAGAUGAUAGCGCUAAUGAUUUUGGUCCUAUUGAAAUGAGCAGUUUCGGAUAUUCCACAGGAACUAAUGUUGAUACUGCAGCUGCACCACAUGAGAGUAGUUUUCGAUCUUUCAUGGGAAAUAAUAUUGAUGUUGCAGCUGCAUCAGACGAAAGUAAUUUUGGAUCUUCUAUGGAAAACAUUGAUAUUGGAUUUGUGGAAAGUGAUUUGAGAUCUUCACUGGAUAGUAUUGUUUUUGAAAACUCCCUCUUGUCAACCAAAUGUUCCAUCUUCGAAACCCCCGGAAUACUCUUUAGAACUAAUGAGAAAACUUAUGUCCCCACGGCAUUCUCGAUCGGGCCUUUACACCAUGGCAAACCAGGAUUGACAGCCACAGAGCAAAUUAAACUGAAAUAUACGCAAGACCUCAUCAGUCGAGUCUCACAAACAAAGGGCACAGUUUUGAAAGACAUGGUAAAAUGGAUUGCAUGUAUUGAGGAAGAAGCCCGCCAAUGUUAUGCUGUACCAGUUGAAUUCACUAGAGAUGAGUUUAUCAAAAUCUUGUUAGUUGAUGGUUGCUUUCUCAUCGAGCUAUUCCGUAAAUACGGAGGUCUUGAUUCAUCGACUUCAGCGAAUGACCCCGUGAUGAAUAGGGCUUGUAUGCUCGAGGUUGUAGAUCGUGACUUGUUCUUGUUAGAAAACCAAAUACCUUGGAUGGUGCUUCAUCGUUUGUUUAGCUUGACUUCUUCUGAUGACGAUAUUCUUAUCUUUCGUUCUCCACAGCCAAUAUCGUCUGUUAAUGUCCUGACUCGACUAACUUUGAGGUUCUUUCGAAUUUUUGGGACAAGAGGAUUAGAUUCAUCAAUGGAAACUAGCUUGUUGCGAAGCACUCAUUAUAACGAAACUAAACAUGUACUAGAUCUGUUGAGAUCUUCGUUAAUUGGGUCAACGUUGCAAUUAGAAAGCGGAAAUAGGGAAAGAUGGGAACUAAUUCCAAGUGCCUCAAGCCUGAUAGAAGCUGGAGUGAAAUUCAAGAAGGGUAGUACGGAUUAUGGCAUAUUGGACAUCAAAUUCAGCAAUGGGGUACUCGAAAUACCACCUUUCAUAAUUCACGAGUCAACUGAAGCUUUGUUCCGAAACAUGAUCAGCUUCGAGCAGUGUUACCAUCUGUGCGAUCCUAGGAUCACAAAUUAUGCAAUGCUACUAGAUAUACUCAUCAACACUCCAAAAGACAUUGAUAUACUCUGCAAAUAUGGAAUCAUUAAGAAUUGGUUGAAUCCAGAAAAGGCAUCCCAGAUCUUUGACAAUCUUUACAGUGAUACAUAUGUCACCGAGUUCUACUACCUAGAGCUUUCCCAGGAAGUUAACAAGUAUUGCAAGCGUCGUUGGCCAAGAUGGCGAGCAAUGUAUGUUCGAAAUCAUUUCAGCAGUCCAUGGGCAAUUGCCUCGCAAAUGUUGGCAGCUAUCAUAUUUAUCCUUGCAUUAUUGCAAACAGUGUUCACUAUCAAGAUGUAAAAUUGAAAGUUAGACAUAUCUGGCCGCCUAGGUCGUUUGCUUUCCUCUUUUCUGCUGUGUGGUUGGUUUCAUGUUGGGAUUACAUAUUGACAUGUGUGUCUCUGUUCUCUGC